AUGGGACUAGCUACGAACCCACGAGAACAUUCCACCGCCUGGGACCUGAACGAGGCCUUUGAAAAGCUCGUGGCUGAUGAGGGACGGUGGUGGAGAUCCCGCGGCGUUGAUAGGCCCCAUGAAUUCAUGUUACCACCCCAUGGGUCCUUAGACGCAUUGGUGGCUUGCCACAUGUUUAAUCCAACCUUUUGUGUUGCAGACCCAUAUGCCACAGCGAUGUAUAACAUGUCCAACCCGUCCAUGGCACAAAUCAAUAGGGCUGGGUUCAACACGGAAAAUUCGCUCUUCUUCGACCAUUUCGCCAGGAGAGAAGACAGUGAACAUGUUGAUAAAUUCUAUCCUAAAGAUCUUUGUGAUAUAUACGUCCGAUUCAUAUCUGCACUUCGACAUGCAAUGAGGGCCGUUGUGGAAGUGUGCUGGGGCUUUAGAGUCCAUCAACGAAUGCAGACUCUGUGCAACCUUCAACAAUUGACACUUUGGGGAGAAUACAGAGACGUUACUUUACACCUCGAGUUUUCAAAUGAUCAAAAGUCACUCAAACGCUUUCUGCUGUUUGUGAGACACCCCCAAUCCUACGCAUAUGUGAAGAGCACGACCGAGAGAGCCCAAGAAUUCAGAAGUCGCAAUGGGAGGGUCCAAGACCUAAAGCUAAAGGUAGCAUCUCUUCUCGGGAAUAUAGAGAUUGAGCCUCAUUUCUAUGAGUAUGGCCCUGGACUUCUCACCAAAUUCAAAGAGACAGGUGACAGGAGGGCAAGAAGAGAAAAGAUGCGCGGGGAAGCUCGAGCACAGCUUAGAGCUGUUUUCCCAGAAAUUCCUCUUAGGACUGAAAGCAAGCUUUCUCCCUUGGCUACCUCAGCAGCCGAUCAAGAAGAGCUCGCUACGAUAGACAAUUUUCGCGCAUUGUGGAGCUCAAAUGCUAUCUCAAACCCCCAAACCGAACCAGACCUUUCAGUGAAUGAAGUUCAGAGGCUCUGCCGUCUCGAGUCCAUAUCUCAAUUCUGGGACAGACUCUUGGAGCUGUCUGCCAGUUUCAUCCCUGACGCCAUGGACACGACAAGGACUCUAGCUACUAGAAUCCCAAGCAUGAUCCAGGAUUUGUUCUCCAACUUGGACGAGCAUGAUUGGACGGACAUUUCUGGAUGGGAUGAACUCCCCGAGGAGCUUGUUCUAUUCCUCGGCGACCAAGAAGGUCUCCGGGUCGAUAGACAACCAAUUUCCUCCCGACAAGACCUCGAACGAGCGUUUUAUCUCCUUCAUAUUAGAGGAGAUCCCCAACGUUUCAGCAUUGUUACCCUCGCUUUCCGUGUUCUUUUUGCGUAUGGUCAGAAGAUCUCACGCCCAAGAAGACCGAGCGUCGACCUUCUCCUUGUCAUGCACGCCCCUCCACAGAACAUUGUUCCUCGGAAAUGUUUAGGGUGUGGAAGAAGAGUUCUCGACGAUUCUUUUGCCUAUUACGCGAAAGGCGACAUAACCUACUAUGUUACAUGGAGUUUGGAGAAAACUUGUGGCCUUCCCGGAUGUCCCAAGAUGCAUGUUCAACUUAUACCGUUCGACCCGUUCCAGAAGCAUGUCCAACCCCUCCGUACCGAUCUCCUUCCUCUAGCCGACAAGGAAACGUCUUGGCAGUGGUACUUUCUUCGCCUACCUGAGGAAUUUACGGACCUUCCUAGGACUGUGGAGACUCGAUGCAGCAAGUGUCGCGCGAUAGAGGUUUGCACGCGCCCAAGGUGGACCUUCCACGCGGAACCGAAAUUUGUUCUCCAAAUACAUAAAUGUCCGAAGUGCCAGGCAAUCAGUCGCUUUAGGCCGACGAAUGCUAUGAUUCCAAUGAUCACGGUUCCCGGGUUGUCUAAACUAUGGAAAUCGUUCAAGAAGAGGGGGGUUGACCUUAGAGAUUAUCCCAGGCUUCCCCAGUACUACUUUUCUCGAGAUCCUCUGUUCAUGCGAAUCGAAAAACUCGCUGAAGCGAAAGAGUCACUUAGGCUCGCGAAGCAAGAGGGAGAUCAGUGA